AUGGGAAAUGAGAGCGAGGAGGACGGCGGCGACGUCGUCAUCGCCCUGGCGCCCAACGUGCAAGGCACUGCCAGCACAACCAUGCUCGACGAUGAACCUCCCUACGGCUGGGUCGUGUGCAUGAGUCUACACUUCAUCAACGCAUUCACAUGGGGUGUUAUUGCGAGCUUCGGCGUGUACUUGUCAUACUACAUCAGCCACGAGACGUUCAGCGGCACGACAGCACUGGAGUUUACGUUCGUGGGCGGCGCGAAUUUCGUGGGCGCAAUGCUCUGCACGCCGGGUGUGAAUCUCUGCAUUCGCUAUUUCGGUACGCAUGUGCCCAUGUACAUCGGGUGCGUGCUGUUCGCGGGCGGGUUCGUGGCGGCGUCAUUCGCGGUGGAGUUUUGGCAGCUCGUGCUGAGUCAGGGCGUGCUUGUGGGCUUGGGGACUGGGUUCGUCUGGCUGCCUGCCACGCCGCUGCUGCCGCAGUGGUUCAAUCGCAACCGGAGCCUGGCGCAGGGCCUUGCGGCUGCUGGGUCCGGGAUUGGUGGCAUUACUUGGAGUUUUACGAUCGUGCCGAUGAUUGAGAAUAUGUCGCUAGCGUGGUCGUUGAGGAUUAUUGGACUGGUGUCGUUUGUGGUUUUGCUGGUCGCGACCUUUUUGAUUAGGGAUCGGAAUGAGAAGAUUAGGCCCAAGAUCAAGGCUGUGGACUUUGGGUUGUUGGAGAGGGUGAAUGUUUGGUUGUUGAUCGGGUAUACUUUCUUCUCGAUACUGGGGUAUAUUGUGUUUAUCUACACGCUCUCUGCAUUUGGGUUAUCCUUGGGCCUUACGCAGAGUCAGGCGGGAAUCAUCACGGGGAUGUUGAACGUUGGGACUGCGAUUGGGAGACCUUUCGUUGGUGUCAUCAGUGACCACUAUGGACGCAUCACAACCGCCGGGAUCCUAACGGCGUCGAACUGCGUCAUGGCAUUCGCGAUCUGGAUUCCCACGGACUCGUAUGGCGUACUCAUCUUCCUCGGCCUCGUCAGUGGUGCAACCAGCGGGAUCUACUGGGGCACCAUAGCACCACUGACUGCGGAGGUGGUGGAUCUCACCGAGCUGCCCUCGGGAUUGGGCAUUAUGUGGCUGGCAGUGUCAAUGCCCAGUUUGUUUUCGGAGGCUAUCGCGUUGGAGAUCAGACAGCCGGGCACCAGCAGACCAUACCUUUGGCCGCAGAUAUAUACGGGCUUGAGUUACUUGGCAGCUAGCUUGCUGCUGUUGGUGUUGAGGAAAAGGAAAUGGGCUUGGCGGAGGGAGCGGCAUCGUUAG